CACCACAAAAAAAAUCGUCCAAAAUAGAGGAGAGAGCUCUGGUUGCUGCUGCAAAAAUGGCUAAUAGUGAUUUUAGAAGAUUUGAACUAGUUGUUCGGUGGAAAUCGGAGAAAGUAGAGAAUAAUUUGGGCGUCAAAUUCGUUGGUGGUAGUAGUUUUCAGUUGACGGUUCCAUCCAGAGUCACAUAUCACAAACUUUGUGAGACUCUAAUUCCGAGAAUACGGCGCAGAGACGAAGCAGUAAAAGAUAGUGAUGUGAUCACAGGUUUCACUUACCGUCUUCCAGAAUGGCAGAAUGAUGUUUUAUUUCAUUAUGCGUUACCUAUUGUGGAUGAUGAUAGCUUGGAUGUGCUUUGGAAUUUUAUGGCACAAAAUCCUUAUUGUUUGGGUGCUGAGAUACAUGUUGAGCUCAGUGAUGAUCAGGGUGGAGAGGAAGAAGAUGAUACAUGGAGCGUGCCAUCCGAUCAUGACUAUGAUCACGGUGAUGACGGAGAGGAGGAAGAUGAGGAGGAGGAGGAGGAGGAGGAGGAGGAAGGAGAGCAGCUUAAUUAUCCUCCAUAUUUUUACUUGCAGGGCAAUGAAGAGGACGAAGAAUUUGCACUUGCUGAUUCAUAUGGCGUAAUUCCAAUGCCUAUUGUUGAUAGUUUUGAAGGAGAAUUCUACAAGGGGCAGAUAUUUCACUCGAAACAAGCUGCACAGAUGGCGAUUAAACACCACGCGCUACUGUCAAAGGCGGCGGCGCCGAGGUCUGGGACGUGGGCGCUCGUGACUGCGGCGGCGGCGGCGAGGACUGGGGCGGCGGCGCCGAGGUCUGGGGCGGCGGCGCCGAGGUCUGGGGCGGUAGCGGCGGUCUGGUUCGCAGGGUUGGGGGCAGGUUCGCGGGUUUGGGGGAGGAAGAAGAAAGGAGGAUUUGUGUGGUGUGGGGAGGGGAUAAGGUGGGAGGAUAAGGGGGACCGUCCGAAAUUUUAAAAUAAAAGGGUUUGGGGCGCUCCCGCCUGAGUCUCGGGCGCCAGCGCCCGGGACUAAUUAAAAAAGAUGUUUCAGGCGGGGCCGCUUGAGAUUGGGGCGCCGGCGCCCAGGACUGGGUAAAAUACCAGUCCCGCCUGAGUCUCAGGUGGUCCCGCCCCAAUCCUUACUAAAAAACACAAUAUUUGUGUCAAUAGUUUUUAAUUUGUAAUAUUAGUGGUAAAUUAAAAAAAAACAAUAUUUGUGUCAUUAAUCCUGAUUACUAGACGGCAUGGAUGAUUCUAAAAAAAGUGAAUUAGCUCACGACUUAAUUAAAUCAGUAACUCAUG